ACCACUAACAUUGUUCGUUUCGAUUCUAUCGGGGGGAAAAAAUCAUUUACAUGCGUUUCGGGUUUUAGCUAAUAUCAAUCGGGGUUGGAACAACGAAAUUGUUGGACUUUGCUACAUGUCACCGUAACUUGUCCUUUUAGGUCGACUUCAUAUAGGAUUAGGUCGACCUAAUUUGUCGUUUCAGUGUUUUGCUAUAAGGCAGCUUACUUCGUAGCAAGGCUGUCAAUCCGCGGGUCGACCCGCAGGUCGACCCACUUUGACCCUGGUCCGGUGAGAAAAACGGGCCGCACGCACCCGCCGGGUCCGGAUCAGCCAGCGGGUAACCCAUUAACCCUUGACCCACUAGCUCGACCGGGUCCGGGUCAGCCCGCGGUUUGACAACCUUGCUUCGUAGCAACUUCGAGCCUUUUGUUUGAAGCCUUCCAGAUAUUCAAUAUUUCAUCCAAUUCCUUGAGUGUAGACAAACAUACCUACUUUCAUGUGGUAGAGGCCCCUGGACUCGAAUCUCAUCCAUGCUUCUCUAAUUGAGCUCCAAAGUAGGCUUCACAAACACUUUCCCAGACUUGGCCAUUUUCAGGCAGUUUCCCAGUUUUGGCAUAGCCUUUUGAUCAGGUUCAAAAAUGGUCUUCUAGACUUCCUAUCGAGCUCUCAAGCACUCUAAUGUGUAGAGGGACACUCCAGCUUCAAAACAAGCCAUUAAUCUACAAUUUCCAUCAAGCCAAUUGUAAGAUAUGAAUCUCCAAAGUAGGCACCAUGAAACAGUUUUACACUGAAACAACAUAUUAGGUCGACCUAAUCCUAAUUGAGGUCGACCGAAAAGUGCAAGUUACAGUAACAUGCAUGUCACCAUAGGCGCACCCGAAAUUGUUGUUUUGGCUACACGGUAAGAAGAAAAGUGGAAGCGUGAGAUAGCGGAAGGUAGAGCUAUCAUGUUGGGACUCAAGCUUAAAUGAGAGAACUGGUUUGUACUGUGGUAUUUAUCUUGUUUCAGAACCGGACCGGAGGCUAAACCGAAAAAGUUAGUGGUUUAGAGUCCAGUGGUUAAUUGUUAUAAAAUUGUUGGUGAACCGUUGAUAGAACCGUUCAUGAUAUAUAACAUAUAAGAUUUGUAUAUUACACUAAUUUAAGAAUGAAAUUAUCGUUGACCAUAAACAAUUUCAAAUUCAUAUCAUCACCAAAAUAUCUAAUAAAUCAUUCAAACCAUUUCACAAAAGAAAUCAUAUAUUUUUAUACAAAUUAAAGAUUACGGUGUUAGUCGGUACUUGACAACGUAAAGUCCACAACAAGGUGGGAAUGAGAAGAGGAAGCAAUUAGGGAUGACAAUUACCCACCCAUGGUUAAUUAUACCCAAACCCAAGUAGACCCAUUGAUAAUGGGUUGGGUAUGGGUGAAGUGCAUAUGGGUUUGGGCAUUUGUAGAUAGGUUGGGUAUGGGUAUGAAUAUUGUUUUUAUAAUCUAAAUUGGUAUGGGUUGGAUAUGGAUAUCCAUUUAUUUGAGUGUGUUUUAACUACACAUACAAAAAUUGGACCUAUUUGUAAAACUUGAAAAUUUUAGGUACCAAAAUUUAAGACCAAAAAAAUUUAGGUACCAAAACGUAAUUUUCUAUCGAUAUUUUAGGGACUUAUAUGCAAAAAAAAUUAAUUUAGGUACUAAAUAUGUAUAUCUAUUAAGUUUAGGUACCAAACUGUAAUUUGCAUUUGGGCAUGGGUACAAACCCAAAUCCAUUUGUUAAAGACCCAACCCAACCCAAGUAAAUGGGUAUGGGGUACAAACCCAUCAAGUUUUACCCAUAUCCAUCUAUUUGGAUAUCAUACCCAACCCAUUUGAGUUGGAUAGUAAAAUACUCAUGAGUAUGGGUAAAAUUGUCAUCCCUAGGAAGCAUAUAUAAAAUUAAUAUUUAUGGUUUGAUGGUCUUAGUUUAUGUUAAAGUAUUUUUUUUAAACUUUUUUUUUUUGUUAAAAUAGUGAACCAGUGGACAAGUUAAAAUCGUGAUGGUUUAUCUGAUUUUAUGUUGAACCAGAAAAACUCGUUUGAUCCAUCAAUAACCAUCUAAAUAGUGAAUCAAACCACUAUCAUAAUUGAUUUGACGGGUUUACUGGUCCAACGAUUAAUCCUGUUCAGUUUUUAUAACAAUGGGUAGUUCAGUAGAUACUAAAAUCUUAUCAAUUAUUAUAUUUUCAAAAUUUAAUACAAAUUUUACAUAUAUUUCAAAGUUGAUCGAGUUUAUAUACUCCUGACGUCGAGCUAACUCCAUCACUGAAAUGAUCAAAGAGCAGGAACUAUACCCUGGAAAGUUGAUCGAGUUUACGUACUGCAGUCUGCAGCUCUGCAUGCCGUCCCGCCUUCCAUGUGCAGCACGGCUGCCCUGCGAUCAAUUGUCCACGCUCCACAUCGCGUCGGCAGCUCGUUCCAAUCUAACCCUAAAACAACCCCCGCUUCCAGUACUCACAAGAUUGGAAUCCAGCCAUCUUCGCCUUCCUCUCCGGCGACGGCGACCCACGGCCCCGCCGACAAUCAAUUUCCCUACCCUGAAAGGUCCAUGUUUUCCCUCCGACAAACCAGGCCCAGGUGGCCAGGUGGUGGUGAUCAUUCAACAUUCAUUCCUUUUCCACCCAUCCCCCAACCGAUCUCAUUUAUUUAUUAGUUAUCUUCAUUUCUCUUGAUAUAGAAUUGUUAAGCAACUUCAAUCUACAGUUUGCGUCAUUUUCAUUAAUUUAUUUGCGCCCUCCUCUGUUCUUCGUGGUAGGUGUUGUUGGAUUUUACAUUUGCUGCUGAUCAGGUUUGUGAACAAUUGAUUAUUCGUAUAACUGGGCUAAAGCCCUAAUGAUCUAAAGGGGAGUGGAAACGUGAAACUGAACAACAACUUCCAAAGGAAUGCAAAAGAUUUGGUUAGUGGUUUACCCCUCAAUGAUCUGGUCAGGCCAGGGAAAAGCUCUGGUCUUUGAUUGGUGGGGUUUUACCGCCCACGUGAAUCAAUAAUAUGUGCUUAACCUGUUUGAAUUAUUGCCUCACAGAAAGAAAGAAAGAAAGAAAGAAAGAGUCCUUUCAAUCUGUUUAUAGAGGUGUUGGGUAUGUUACAAUUUGACCAAUGCCUGAAUUCUUUGUUAUAAAAUCGAGCAAGCUAGCUCUUCCUCCCUCCACAAACUAAGAACUUGGUAGAAGAAGAAGAGUCCUAGUUGAUACUCGGUUCCACUUUUCUUCACUGGUCUCAUUUCUAUCUUGCAGUCUUUCCAAGUUAUCUGGCAUUGUAGCAGUAUUAUUGGACUUGGGGUAAGUUUAUUAUUGGACUUGGGGUAAGUUUGUAACUUUCUCAUCAACUUGGUUUCUCCAUGUUUGUAUCACGUGAAGUGAUGAUUAAUGGGCGGGGAUGGUAUGAUGACAAUGGCCUAACAAGUAUUCUUUCCUUUUCUCAUGUGUUUAAGUCUUAGCAGCAUCUCCUUCUGCUCUCUGCUUCUAUUGCCAUCACAAUCUUUGUCAUCAACUGGAAACCAGUGAUGUGAAAGAGACUGAUAACAAUUGAUCAGUUGUUCAAGCUGGCUACCUUCAUCUAAUAGUAAUACUUCACUGUGAUCAUCAGUUCCUUCCUUCCAACCUCCAUAUUGCAUUACAGAUAUCUAUAGUUCUUGCAUUUAUUUUGAUAAGACAACACAGGGAAUUUCAUCUGUUCCCUGUGAUCAGUUUCCAUUAGCCACUUGGCAUAUUCCACUCAUCAAAUCUGCAAAAUUGUCAGUGCAUCAGAUUCUCUAUUGUUGUCCUCUAACCUUCUUGAUUCCUUUCAUAUUUCUUAGUUGUGUGGGAAGCAUAUAUGUGCUACUAUCAUAGUUGUGGAGGAGAUUGGGUUGUUGGGUGCAAAGAAAAACGGUGGAGCUUGUUCCAUAGCUGAGAGAGGCUGAUAUUCUCUACUAAUAAGGAAGAAAAGGGAUGGCAGCAGCAGCAGGAGCAGAAGAAGAGUAUACAGUGCCACUGUUGAAGAAGCAGUACUAUGAGAAUUGUCCAGGUUGCAAGGUUGAUGAACUCAAAGAGUUGAAGAGAGGAUUGCCCAUCCGAGAGUUCCUUUCAAUUUGGACUGUUGUCCUUUGUUCAGCGCUCCCGAUAUCAUCUCUCUUUCCCUAUCUCUAUUUCAUGAUAAGGGACUUCAAAAUUACAGAAAAAGAAGAAGACAUCGGUUACUAUGCUGGCUAUGUUGGAUCCUCGUUUAUGUUUGGUAGAGCUUUGACUUCUUUCUUCUGGGGAAUUGUGGCCGAUCGCUAUGGUAGAAAGCCUGUUAUACUCUUGGGGACUUCAUCAGUGGUUAUUUUCAACACUAUCUUCGGGCUCAGUUUGAACUUUUGGAUGGCUGUUAUCUCAAGAUUCAUGCUCGGCUUUUUGAAUGGUUUACUUGGUCCAAUAAAGGCAUAUGCAAGUGAAAUUUUCAGAAAUGAACAUCAAGCCUUGGGUUUGUCGACGAUUACCACGGCAUGGGGUAUAGGAUUGAUUAUUGGUCCAGCUUUAGGAGGUUUCCUGGCCCAGCCAGCUGAAAAAUAUCCGGCUCUGUUUUCAAAGGAUUCUUUAUUUGGGAGAUUUCCCUACUUCUUGCCUUCCUUGGCUAUAUCACUUCUUGCUGUUGGAGUAACGAUUGCUUCUUGUUGGCUCCCGGAAACAUUGCAUACCCAUAAGGAAAAGAGGGCAGCAUGUGACGAUUCUUUCGGUGCUUUGGAGACUGCAUCUGGUGACGAUGGGUCCAAGGAAGACGACAGAAACCCAGUAAGGGUUAUUGAACAGAAGAAGCAAGCAGCAAGCCUCCUUAGAAAUUGGCCUCUUAUGUCAUCUAUCAUGGUGUACUGCAUCUUCUCACUUCAUGAUAUGGCUUACACAGAGAUAUUUUCAUUAUGGGCAGUGAGCCCCAUAAAGCUUGGCGGACUUGGAUACUCGACAGAGAAUGUUGGCGAAGUUCUGGCAGUCUCAGGUUUUGGACUGCUUGUGUUCCAACUUGCUCUAUAUCCAUAUGCGGAGAGGCUUCUCGGACCUGUAAUGGUGUGCCGUAUUGCUGGGGCAUUAUCCAUUCCGUUGUUGGCAAGUUACCCUUUUCUCUCAAAGUUGUCAGGCUUCAGCCUCAGUGUGCUGUUAAAUUGCGCAUCAGUCUUGAAGAAUCUCCUUUCUGUGUCAAUUGUCACCUGCUUGUUCAUGCUGCAAAACAGUGCAGUGGAGCAGCACCAGAGAGGAGCUGCGAAUGGGAUAGCAAUGACAGCAAUGUCACUGUUUAAAGCAGCUGGUCCAGCUGGUGGGGGUUCUCUGUUUUCUUGGGCUGAAACACGUCAGGAUGCAGCCUUCCUUCCAGGCAACCAAAUGGUGUUCUUCGUGCUGAACGUGGUGGAGGCGAUCGGGGUGUUGUUCACUUUCAAGCCUUUCUUAGCCCUGCCUCGGGGGCUAACAGCAACAGUACAAUGACCUAGCUGCUGCUCUAUACUCUCAAAGACUCCCUAAUAUGAACUACACUAUCCAUACCAUGAAUACAGGCAUUUGCCUAAAUUGCAGCCGUCCUGAUCCUAUUCCUCAGAUAUGGACGCAAUGCAAUGCCAAUGAUAAUGCAGCCAUUUUUAGUGAAUAAUGAACAAAUUGUUUGUGAAAUUGGUGAGUUGGAAAAGUGAUCUUGCAAAUUUCCCUCUGCUGCCUUUUGAAUUACCAUCUUGGAUUGCUUUACAAGACAGCUCACAUGCGACAGGUUACGGUGAUAAUCACCAUGGUUACUAAGGGUAAAUUGGGUAUGAAAAAUAAAUUGUAUUAAUUAUU